GCACUGUGCUGCACGGGCCCCGCCCCCGGCUGUUGGCGGCCGCCCGUGUGCCGAGGCGCGGAGCGCGGCCUGGGGGGGCGCCGGGUGUGGGGCUUCGAUCUGAUGUGGGUUCCCCAUCAGCAGCUGUGAUUCUCUAUUGAUAUGUGAAAAAUCUACUAUUUGCUUUUCUUUGUAAUGGUUACCUAGAAGUGUAAUAAGAAUGGAGAUUAAGCUAGAUGUUCUUAUCUCUACAUGCAUCAAGCAAAGAAAACCGUGGCCUCGCAUCUCAUGGAUUGGACAGGAAAAAGAGGCUGUUUUUCUUCUAGAUGAUAAACAUAUAAAUGAAAUUAACCUAGCAUCAGGGAAAACAAAGAAGAAAAUCCCUCGGCUGCAGUCAUUGUUGAAAAAUGUAGUUGUUUUAACAACAUCAAGAAAUGGUGCUUGGUUGGCAGGAAUUCUUAAAACAGGAGAGCUAUUUCUUUGGAAUAAAGAUCAGGACUGCUUGAAUAUUGUGCCGGCAACUGAAGAGUCUAGGAAAAUAGUUGCAGCAGCACAAGACUGUUUGAUGAAAUUGUACUUAUAUGUAUCUGGAGAUGGAAGAAAGGCACUAUUAACUACUCCUACAGCAUGUGUCUUAUUGUGGGAGAGCACGGAACAUGAAAGUACAUCUUCUCAUAAAAAUUCUUCUGGGCGUUGGACACAAAUUUUGCCUGAUGAAUCAGUCAUGUUGCCUUCUAUUGAAGAAAAGGAAAUUGGAGUGCAUGCUGCUUUCCUGCAAAAUGAGAUACUGGGUGAUUGCUGUUUGUGUUCUUUUGUGUUUUACUCUGGAGAAUGUUUGGUGCUCACAUUUUUGUUUCUUCAAUGGCAUGAAAACAGCUUUAAAUAUGUUAGUUCGUUGCCAUACCAGAUCCACUGGGUACAGCAGACUUGUUCUCUUGUUGAUUUGGUUCCUCACUGUGUGUCUGUAAAGUCAAGAGGAGCUUUGUUAUGUGCAUUUGCCAGAGAUGGACUUCUGCUUGCAGUAGCUAUUAAUCAAACUGAUCCAAUGGCAACUCAGAUUUUGUUUCUAAACACAUUGAAUUUUGUAACUGUUUUGGGUAGCCUUAAAGGUUGUAGUAGCAAGAGUAGCACGGUCCCAUCCAAGUUCAUCAGAUCUUACUGGGUUGGCGAUAUGAGUUGGACUCCUGAUAGCCUUUUCUUGGCUUGCAUGUUAAAACGUGGAUCUUUGAUUUUAUUGACAUGUAUGGGUGAAUUGCUAACCUUGAUUACUUCUGGCUGCUCUGUAGAAUUUGGACCAGCAGAGUUUAUUCCAUUCCAUCCACUAAUAACAUGCAGACAGCAGCACCAUUUUUGUCAAGACUCUAGUCAGUCCCUGGGUUCUUCAGCUUCUGAAAAUGACCUUAUGAGACAGAGAUUCUCUGUUGCUUCACAUUCAAGAUUACCCUACCUCAUUGUCUCUGAUGGAUACAUGAUAACAGUGCUUAAAUUUCCUAACAACCUUUCACCAUCAGGAUUUAUGAGAACCCUUUUGCUUGAUUCAACCCAACGGCUUGAAAAUAUUCGUCAGAAUUUGCUGAACUCCGAGUCUAAAGGGAGACUUUUGGGUGUACGAUCACUCUUGUCUUUAAAAGCUAGUCUUUUAAAUCAUGCUCAAAACCAAAGUUCCGGCUUUUCCACCGUUCCGAAAUUCCUAGAAGAGGACACAACAGAAAUGAAUGAGAAGACCGCGGAUUUACUGGAUUAUGAAGAAGAUUCAGAUGAUGAAAAGCAGUUUUUCACUAGCCCUUCCAGCUCCUGUAGCCAAAGAAUGCGUUCAUUUGUUGGUAAAGCUGAUCAAGGCCACUUAGAAUUUGCGUCAAUGUUUGAUACUAUUCAUGCAAAAGAAAAUAAGAAAGAUAAAUUAUCAGUGGAACUGUAUUCCAUUCAGAGAAACCUCAUUGGUGCAUGGCAGAUAGGGAUUUCAAAAAAUAUGGAAGAGAGAGAUAAACUGCUGAAUUACACAGUGAACUGCAUUAUCCAUUUUUUCAACAUUCUUCGGUUUGUGAAAUGUUCUUCGCUUAGCCAUGAUACAUCUUUAAACAAGCCUGUGAAGAAUAGUCACUGGAUGCAUUAUGUCCUAAAAUAUUUUCAGCAGUGUUUAACUGUCCUGUCCUGGCAUUCAAGAGCCAGUCUGACUGGGCACGUGGCAAAGCUGACAUUACAAACUUUAAAACUGAUGCUUACGCAGCAACAAGAUCAGUCAUUCUCAAAAAACCUUUUGGCAUGCUUCUGUCUCCUGAAAAUGGUUUCUCACACUCUGAGUAGCAUGUGCAUACUACAGUAUGAGAAUUCUUUUGCAUCUCCUCAUGUUAAUAGUCUCAUGGAACUUGACUCCCUCACUGUGCCUGUUUUCCUAGUUCUUGAUGAGAAUACCACUCAGCAACUCAGCUCACUGAAAUCUCUGCUUACAGAGCCUCCUCAAGCAGUAAACCAUGAUGCAAAAACAGAAAAAAGGUUGAUGGUACUGUGGCAAUUAUUGUAUAAGAAAGUGGUUUGGUAUCAGAUGCUGCUGAACAGGAAAGUUAACAAGAAUGCAGAAGAAGAGUCUGUUGUCUCGUCUCUUAUAAGUCAUAUACAAGCAACCCUCCAGUCUUCAGGAGUGACCUUAGAACAACAUUUGAAGAUUAACUCUGUAUCUGGUGAGGAGAAGUUCCUUUUAGGCUCGUACAGAGAAUCUGUGGAUAUUUGGAAAAGAUGUCUUUGUGAGACAAAGGCAAAAGGAGGGAAAAGGACAUGUUUUCUUCAGACUAGAUAUUACCUUGCAAUAUUAUUUUGCCACCUGUAUCAAUAUAACUUGCGUGAGGCUCAGGGACUCUGUGAUCAUCUGGUAGAAGAGAUUCUAAGGCGAACAAAGCUCUCAAUGAGUCAGAUGGAAAAAUUUUCUGAUACCAAGUAUUUUCAGCAUGAAUUAUGGAUGGUUACAGAUGUUUAUACUGAAACUGCUAUGGCUGUGAUUCGAUCCAUGGCACGAUUCAUGGCUGCUUAUUUCACAAAUCAGCUGCUAUAUAUCUUUCCCCCACACAAUGUUGACAUCCUGCAUCCACUUCACAUCGAACAAGACUUAUCUCCUCGUAUCAUUCCACUGCAACACUGCUUCGUUACCAAAGCUGUCAGAGACCAGAACCUUUCAUCUGUGUGGACAGCUGAAUAUGCUCUUGAUUUGUUCUUUGUUGGUGGACUCAUUCCAGAGGCUGUGUGGUUAACACGCAGACUUGGGGACUGGAAACUGUCUGUUUCGAUUGGUGUGGCCUACCAGCUGUAUUGUCAGAACUCUGUUGAAUUCUCAAGACUGAAAAACAGAGAGUAUCACCUGCCAUUAAGCUUAUCACCAAUGCAGACCUUUCAGGAAAAGUUACAAUCUUUGUUAGGACAGCCAGUUACUCCUGAAACAUCUGGAUGUAUUAAAUACAAGCAGUUUACAGAUCCCAUUGAAGAGGAGGAUGCAAAUGCUCUUUAUAGUUCCAUCCAAGAACUACUGAAAGCAGCUGUUAUGGCAGAUGCUGAUGUUCUCUCAGAGCCAUUUCAGCUUCUGAUGGAUUCUGCCAAGGAUCUUAGCAGAAAAUUGUAUGGUUUAGUUCCAGAUAGGCUUUAUCUUCCAGCACCACCAUUAUAUUGUCCUCAGCCAGCAUCUCUCAGUGAAGAAGACUGCAAUGACAUGCUUUUAAAAAUGGAGAGAGAAAGUCGUCAGAAAGUGUCAGGAGUUCUUCAGCGAAUUAUCUUGCUCUUCCGAGCCGCUCAAUGUUCCUGCCCAGCAGCACAGUGGUAUACUCAACAACUGAAGUGGGCAAGAAAAGUUAUGCAAAAAAUUCGAAUGAAAGUCUCUCUUCCUUCACUUAGUCCAUUUCCAGAGACUUUGCUUCAUUACUCCAAUUUCCGCACCGUUUUCCGUAGAUCUACAUCUUCUGGAGACCAUCAGUUUGAUGAUAUUACCUGCAAAAUUUUAGGUUGGUUCAGAGAGCUAUGUGCAUUGUGUUGGAUGUUUCAUGUUCGUGAAAGAUUAUCUUACAACUGUAGGCAAUACCAAACUGCAAGGGAAAACAUUAAGGAUCUAAAGAAGAACGAGUAUGAUGCCUCCACAGUUGAGCAUUGUCUGAAUGCAGUGGAGUGGGCUUGUCGAAUGCUUCCUUUCUGCAGAUUCAUGAAUGUUGAAGAGUUAGUUCAAGAUGUAAUUUUAAGUCUGCUUGGAGAAUUACCACCAGUCAAAAAGGUGGCAGAGAUUUUCGUAAAAGCAUUUCCUAACCCUGAAGAUAUAAGAGUUCCACUAAGAGAUAAAUACCAUGGACUUCAGCAGCGACUCAAAGAAAGUAUUGUUAAAGGUUCUGAAGGUGAAGGAAUUAUGUCUGUUGUUAUACAGGCUACCAAAAAAGCGAGAAUGAAGGCCCUGAGAUGUGUAAUAAGGAAUAUAGGCCCAAUAGAAAUUAAUAUUUGGGAGCCAGCAGAAGAGGGAGCAGCAGAUGAUGAGGAACACGGUUAUGACAGAUUCUCGUUAGGCACCAGUCUAAGCAAAAGCACACUUACUGAUCUUGGGAAUUCUCAGGUGUAUAGUGAUGCUGACACAGCCGAUACGCUUUCUGAUGCAUUGAUUACUGAAGAAAUGAGAGCUCGAUCACCUUCACUCCAAAGGGAUAAUGAACAUCAGAGACAAGGAGAAAUAAGUAGCAAAAAUACCACAGGCAAAAUAAAGGCUCUUAACUGGAGAACAAAACACAAAGACAAAGUAUAUGAAAAAGAUUUGCAUAAUCAAUGUAAUUUGCCUAUAGUUGGUGCAUGGGAAUUUGAACGUGAUGAUGAUGAAUACGUUAAUUUUUUAGAACUCUUUUUGAGUUAUGUUCUUGAGAGAGACCUGAUAAAGCACAGUGAGCUUGGAAUUCCAUUUCUUACUAGCUUUUCUGGACUUCUUCGAGAGCGUGAAUUAAACUCUCUCUUUUUUGAUGUUCAUACAACACUAAAACGUCGACAAAGCAAAACUAGAAGCCAAAGUGUGUUUAGACCAGGGUCCUGCUAUACCGUCACCCUGGCACAUUUUGAUCCUGAAACAGUGUCUGCCUAUCAUGAAAACCAAGAUAUUUUGGAAAAUCCAACCAUGGUACAGUCUGUUGUACACAUGACAGAACCUUCUGUGCGUAACUUAAUGAAAGGACUUAAGGAAGGAUUAUUCGGUUUAAAACACAAGUCAAUUUACAGAGCUCAGAGUGGUAAUCAAGGAGUCGCUGUUGCAUCAGCAAGCCAGACCUUUUCUAACCAUACUUCCUCUAGCCUGCAAACUCAGGCAACUUCUAAGUACAUUUACAAAGUGGUUGAUAGAGGUGAUAUUGUACCAGGAGAAGAACUAGCUAUAGAAUUGAUGGGUAAGUUGAGCAAUAUUGCAAAAUUGCUUGAGUGGAUGAUCAGAUGGUCUGAUAAAAGACUGCUCUGUGGUUACAAUAAACAAGUUUCCUUAGAAGAGAUUCUCCCAAUGAUACAUGUGAGAACAUCAGCAGCUGCCAUCCUUACUUCUUUGUGGCUGUUAGAACAGUUAUACAGAGAUGGAUCUCCAGCAAAGAGCAUAAAAUUUAAGAGUCCAGAUAAUCAAUACGUGAAAGAAUAUGCAUCUCUAUCAGAAGCCCAGUCUAGGACAGAGAAAGGCAGUUGUAUGGAUGAAGGCUCUUCCGUACUGGCCAGUCCUCCUCUUGAUGUCCAAAGUGCACAAGCCUAUGAUGAUCUUUGUGAAACUGGUUCUGGAUUGUCUACAAAGUCAGGAUAUUUUGGUAAGAAGGAUAUUAAUAACGGGAAUCAUUCUGUACCUUAUGUGACUGAAGAUCUUAAUGAAGUGGGACCAUUUGUUCAGGAGGAGUUAGAUGUAACAUCAGAAAGAGAAGAGUUCUUUGAGGAACCGUAUGAAACUCCAAAGAGCUCCAAUAGCUCUGUCAAGAUCAAACCUGUAGAACAUCGAAGAGGAAAGGUCUCUGUUUCAGAUGUUGAUAGUCUUCAGGAAGAUGAAAAGGCAGAAGAAAGAAAGGAAGGAAAGGCCAAACAGAAUACCGUGGCUGAGGUUGUUACUAGCACCAUUUCUCACUCAUGCUCUUUAGAACAAGAGGCAGGAGUUCCCAGUAAUACAGACAUUCCUCUAAAUGAUGGUCAGCCUUCUCAAACUGUUGUGUCAACUAUGUCGAGUGUUGCCUCCAACACCUCCGCUUGUGCAAAGAAGCAAGAAGCUCAGGAAGAAGUCCCUACAGAAGAGAAGCUAAACACAUCAGAGACUGUCAGGCAGAUGCUCCAAGAUGAAAUGUUUAAGUUAGUUCAGCUACAACAGAUCAACUUCAUGAGCUUAAUGCAAAUAGUGCAGUCAUCCUUUGCCAACCUGCCAAAUGUGCAACAAAUUUUGCAACAGCAACAAUCUGAUCACCUGGAAGGAUGCCACCCUGCACACUCUGCCAAAGGCAAUGGCCCUCUGAAAACACAGCUGCCCACUCAAGAAGAUAAAGGAAAACCUGGUCAAAAGAGCCCGGAUUUUCAACCAAGGGCUAGUUUAAGAGAUGAAAGCGACAGUGGCCAUAUAAAAAAUCAUCUGGACGUGAAUGUUUCUUUAAGCCUAUUAGACAGCCACAGCAAAGAAACAGGAUUUAUACCACCAUCUCAAGAUUUGCAUUCUUCAGCACCUACUAAACCACUUCAUCUCCUAGCUCCUUCCUCAGACAUCCAUAAAACACUGAAGCUUAUCCCUAUUGAAAAAAAGCUGAAUUACUCAAAUGGAUUUCCUUUGCUUAAGCUUGAAUCAAGUUAUCAUUUCAAACCAGCAUUUUUACAUCCAAUAGAAAUGUCAUCAGCUUUUGCGAGACCACCCCCAGUACCACGAGUAGCUUGGAGUUCAUCGGGUUCCUUAUGGAACCAUCAGUCGUUGUACACACCAAAAAAGAGUAAGUCUGAAGAAGAUUUGAACAUGAGCAAAUACGUUCCUGAGAUCCCAAGGCAAAUUCAUGAGGAGGACAAAAGAUGGGCAGAAACAGUGCAAAGGGGACCUCCCAAACACCUGAAUAUAGAUCAGUAUGAAGGACAGCAAGAAGUUUCACGUCUGCAGCAGUUCCCUGGAAAUGUGAAUAUGGAGAAAGCACUGAUCACUCAGAACCUGGCUGGUAUUCCACUGUUGCACUUGCAAUUUGACCCAGUAACUAAACUUCCACCGGCUGUAAGGCAGCCAGUCACUGCUACUUUAAUACCUGCUAAACCUGCAACAAAGGAGACUGACUGCAGAGAAGUACUACAGCACACAGGAAUAUCUCUACUCCAUGCUAAUUUACCUCAAAAAAAGAAGGCACCAAAACUCAUUCCACUUCAAGAUCUCAUUGCAUUUGAGCAGCGCUAUCAGCUUCAUACUGUGCCCAGUGCUUCCUUUGGACAAGACCAAACUCAGCCUAUCCAGUUACUGAAAACUGAUGUUGAACCAUUUGAACUAAGAGAUGUGCAGAAUAAUAGAAAAAGACAAAAGAGACGUGAUAAGAAACAAAUGGAAGAAAUGGAGGAAAAGAAGAAACCAAGUGUGUCCUUCCGUCCAGAUGACUCCAUCAUCAGUACUUGUGAUACAGUGGUGGUUGUUGAAGCGGGGACUGAGGAUCAACACACAAAAUCUGCAUCUUACCCUCGAGAUGGUGUUUUCGUUUCAAUGGACACAAUGAGGGAAGCAAUUACUACUUCAGCAGACCUACAUUACAUGGCUUCUACAGGAAAAAAAGUAGCAGAAACUCAAGAUGCAAGUACAAAUACCCAUCCAGUGGUCAAAUCAUACCAGGAUGUUGGAAUCAGUGCUGGAAAUGAGGUUUCUGAAGCUCAAAAUAAUGAGUCGGUUGUGUCUCUUCCUGUGUCAGAAUCAUCUAGUGCCCCAGAGAUACCGCCACCAGAUAUGUAUUUAAACCUGAGACUCCCCACUGAAGUGAAUGAGAGACCUCUACCAUCCUUUCUGCCAAAUGCACACGAUUUGAGUGAAUGUGAAUAUAUCAGUGUGAUUGACAUUGAAGACAGUGACAUCCUUAAUAAGUUGCCCAUGAUACCUGAGUCUGCAGAAGAGAUAGCUACUGCACAGCAAAAUGAGAUGUUUGAAAUUCCAUCUACUGCAAAACUUCAUCACAAGGCAGCUUCUGUUACUAAUGUAAUUCCGCCCGAGGAGCUUCAGAAGAAAGAUGAUCAUUUGGUAAACGUAUCAAGCCAAGUGCAAGAGGAAGAUAAGAAGUCACAUUCUGCUAGAGAUCAUGUGACUUGGAAUGUAGUACAUGAAGAUGACAGAACCAAAGUAACUGGGAAAAAAUACUUUUUAACAAGACAGCAGGAAAUGGAUAUAAAAUUACAGACACUACAGAAGAUAACAGAACAUAUGGAGGAGGAUUUCAGAAAUACCAAAGUGCUAGUGAAAAUAAUAGAAGAUUUUGAAAUGGCUGCCAAUUCGGACCUUGGUGAUCAUCCUUCAUUCUCUGGAGAUGCUAGAAUCGUUGAUAAUGAACAAUAUUUGAAGGGUGUGAUUUUUGAAGAUGUUACAAGUGAUGAAAAGGAGAUCUUGAACUUGGAAUAUCCUGCACCCAGUUAUACUACAUUGGAAGUACACUCUCCUGCUUCUGCGGCCUCUGCUUCUAAGUUUCCCAGUGGCAAAACAUCAUCUUCUGGCUUUCACAUUGGCAGACAACUGUGUGAUACCUCUUUAGAAGAUCCCCUGGAAAUUACUGGUCUGAGUGGUGUUACUGACAUCAUUGAUGAUCUUAUAGUAAAAGGUGACGUCUCUCCAACAGAGCUGGGCUUCUCAAAAACACAAGCUAAGAAAAUCUCUAGGGUUCGUGAUUCUGCUGCUGGAUAUUCUCAAAAAACAGAAAAGGAGAAGAAAGAGAUACAAGCAUGGAUGAAAAGAAAGCAAAAGGAAAGAAUGAGAGAAUAUAUGAAGAAACUGGAUGAACAAAGACAGAGAGAACAUUUUCCUUUCAAUCUAAAAAACAAAGUGCAUUGUAGUCUUACUUCAAAGGAUAUUAAGUUAUUCCAGAAGAAGAAAGAAGAAAAAGACAAAGCCCUGUUAUCUGAACAUCACAGUAUGAGAAUAUCGCAGGCACUUUCUCUGAUGAAUGAAAUGUUAUCUGAAACAGUGGUGUUACCUGCAAAUGAACACAGACCAUUGUCCACAACAAGAUCACCUCAAGAGUACAGAAAAAGACAUGUGGCAUCUACCAGAAGAGGGCAUCCAAACAGCCCUGUUCUGUCAGACAGGAGCAGAAUUGCUGCCAAACCCAGCUUUGGUCAAAAAGUACACCGCUUCGCCCCAGCUCUUGGCUUAACACAGUCCAGGGGAAAUGCCUCCAUGUUCCCUCAGAGAGGUACUUCCAGAGUAAGAGUGAGAAAUGCAGCAAACGAUCCUGUUAAUUCUAGACACUCUGCUGAGUACAGAGUCAGCAGAACAUCAAAACAAAAGCCUCCACCUGUUACCACCGCAGUUCAGACAGAAGGUGUUGAUCAAGAGACUGAUCGAGACAUAGUGAGUCCUUGGACUGUGCCUGAUGAUAUCCAAAGAAUACUGCAAGAUACUCAUGAGUCCUUCUUUCAGGACACUGCACCACAUGCUGUGAGUUUCUCUCCUCCUGGCAUUGACAGCGAUGGUGUUUCUGAAAGCACGGGAAGUAUCCUCAGCAAACUGGACUGGAAUGCAGUUGAUGCUAUGGUAGCAGAGGUGGAAGACAAGUGAAUAAAAUUUCUCAGCUGCUGUGUACUUGUGAACAGCUGCUGGUAUCUUGGUUUCAUUUUUCAAAAUAAUCAUUAUUGUACUUAAAGUGGAUUGAGGCUUGCAUUGGUUUUCUUCUUAAGCAGAACAGGAACUCUGACUGCUUUCAGUCUUGCCUAGGUGACAUUCAAUUCCUUAACUCGUAGUUUGCUUCCCAUAUGCCUUCAAGUUAGAUGAACUGAAUAGAGUUGUUAAAUGCAGCCAACACUUAAACAAGUACUUACGGGCUGGCUACUUUUCCUCUUUGAAAUACACAAAAAGUUUUAAGAGCACUGCAUAACUGUUUUACCAUUGUAUUUAAUAUUUAACAUCAUUAUGGAUGGAGUUAUUUUUGUAACCUAACAGUUGCGAUAAACUGAUUUAUUAAAAGUGAAUUUAUUAA